UGUUCGCGGCCGCCGCAAAGGGGGGGUCGGCGAGCCGCGCCAUCACCGGCGUCGUCUUCGAGCCCUUCGAGGAGGUGAAGAGCGAGCUCGCGCUCGUGCCCCAGGCCCUCGACCAGUCCCUCGCGCGCCACAAGUACGCCGAUGAUUGCGAGGGCGCCAUCAAUGAACAGAUCAAUGUUGAGUACAACGUUUCUUACGUGUAUCAUGCCUUGUUUGCAUACUUUGAUCGGGACAACGUCGCGUUGAAGGGCCUUGCCAAGUUCUUCAAGGAAUCAAGCGAAGAGGAAAGGGAGCAUGCUGAGAAGCUUAUGAAGUACCAGAACAAACGUGGAGGCAGAGUUAAGCUUCAGACAAUACUGAUGCCCUUAAGUGAGUUUGAUCAUGCUGAGAAAGGCGAUGCUUUGUAUGCAAUGGAGUUGGCUUUAGCUCUUGAGAAACUGACAAAUGAGAAGCUUCUGAAAUUGCACGGUGUCGCAGAAAAGUGCAGCGAUCCUCAGCUGGCAGACUACAUUGAAAGUGAAUUUCUGGAGGAGCAGGUGGAAGCCAUUAAAAAGAUGUCUGAAUAUGUUGCUCAGCUGAGAAUGGUGGGCAAGGGACAUGGAGUUUGGCAUUUCGAUCAGAUGCUUCUGCACGAGGGACAUGCUAUUGCAUAAGACAUUAGGAAGGGAAUGGACUUAAUUGUUACAUCCGCCUCGCUUUUAUAGUUGGAUGCUCUUCCUGCAUAUUGACCUUUGAAUAUUAUAGCUGGUUCAUGUCCUGUUAGAACAUAAUAUAGAUGCAGCAGUAAUGAGGGCCAAUGAGAUGAAUGAUGCUAGAUUCUUUAGCUUUUAUCUUCUGCUUCUUCUUUAGUUCAAUCCAUUACCUAUUAAAAUGGCGAAUUACUAUUGUAAUGGAAGUUUCGAUGAAUGCUUUUCAUUUUCUUUAGUUUUUGCAAAUAUAAUAAAAGUAGAUCUUUCAGUGGAAAA